UUUUUCUCGGUACAAACUGGCAUCACCGCGGAUUAAACCUCUUCCAGUUCCCCCAGUAUGAUCCCUGUGUCUCCAACUGGGACAGGUGGAAACCUGCACUGAUUCAGACCAUGUGGAGGGAAACGUUGCUGCUGCUGCUGCUUCACGGCCUGGAAGCGGUUCCUCCCUGCCAGCAGGGGGCCACCUUCCCGGAGGCCGUGGCGUCCCCGGCGGUGGACGGCAGCGGGAUCCGGCGUGUCCCCGGCGCGGCGUCCCUCCCCCAGUGCGUGGCGGCGGCCUGCGGCCUCCCCGGCUCCGACCUGGCCUGGCUGUUCCAGGGCCGCUGCUACGUGCUGAGCUGCCGGCGCAGGGGGGACUGCCGGCCCCGGGACCGGCCGGGGGCCGACUCGGUGCUGGCCUUCCUGCGGAGGACGGCCCCCCCGGGGCCCCCGGACCCCCCCGAGCCCGGCGACGAGGACCUGGAGGCCCGCGAGGACCUGGAGGCCCUCCAGGACCUGGCGCUCUUCGAGGGGCCCCAGCUCGGCCUCGCCGGGGCCCCUGGUACCCUGGACCUGGACCUGGACCCGGAGGGCCGGGAAGACCGGGGGAACAGGUUCAACCGGUCGGAACCGGGUCCAGAGAGAGACCCGACCAGGGGGGUCCAGACCAGACCGUCUGACGGGGCCACGGGGGGACCGCCAGACCCCGUUGCCACGGAGACGACGACGGAGACGGCGAGCAGCUCUGACCCCCCCGCCCCCACCGGGACCAGCGGCGCCGCCGGAACACUAGGUCCGCCCCUGACGACGCCCCCGGGAAACCCCGUGGAGCAGAGACCGCCCACGGUCUCCCCCGACCAACCAGCAGACGCGCUGCAGUCGGGGUCGGUCAGACCCGGACCUCCGGCCCGGACCGAUGACCCCCGACCUCUGACCCGGACCGCCACCGCUGGGCCCCCCCCUCCGGUCCCAUCAGACCCCCCCAGAUCCUCCCUGGCCGCCUGCAUUGUGCCUUCAACCUCGAUGCCGCCGGCUGCUGCUGCAGACGUCGGAGGGUCAAACCGCGGCCCGCUGGCCAUCGUGGGCCCCGACAGGAAGCUGUUCCUGCCGCUCAGCAGCCUGUGGCUCAACGGCAGCGGCAGCACCGACGACCGCGGCGUCAGCAGCUACCGCUGGGAGGUGGUGAGCGGCCCCCCCGGGGCCCGGCUGGAGGCCGCCGACCAGGCCGUUGCCACGGUGACGGGGGUCCGGGCCGGACGCUACACCUUCAGGCUGACGGUGCGAGACCAGGAGGGGGUGGAGGACAGCGCCUCGCUGAGCGUCAGGGUGGAGGAGGCCAGGACUCCCCCCCCGGUCGCCCACGCCAGCGGCAGCCACACCCUGGUCCUGCCCAACGACUCUCUGGUCCUGCGGGGCUCCGUAACCGACGGCGACCAGAGCCAGGUCCGGUACCAGUGGACCCGGGACGGCCAGAGUCCUGCAGCCGGGGUGGUCCUGUACGGCUCGGAGACUCUCCCGUCCCUCUACCUGUCCGGUCUGGUCCAGGGAACCUACCUGUUCCAGCUGAGGGUGACGGACGCCCGCGGACGCUCCAGCGUCGCCACGGCAACGGUGGAGGUGCAGCCAGAGUCCUCCGGGGUCCAGCAGGUGGAGCUGGAGAUGCUGGUCCAGAUCUCCCAGGUCAGCGUGUCACAGCGGGACACGCUGGUCCGGCAGCUCGCCGCCCUCAUGCACGUCCUGGACCGAGACGUGCAGGUCCGAGCGCUGCAGGGACGCUCGCACCUCAGCACGGUCCUCCGGUUCUCCGUGGGGGGCCCCGGGGGGCCCCUCUCCGGCUCCAGGGUGGUGUCUCUGCUGAGGAACCAGCUGCUGGGAGAGAAGACGGACUACCUGCUGUUCCGGGUGCUGCGGGUGGACACCGUGGUGUGUCUGCUCCACUGCUCUGGGCGGGGCCAGUGUGAUCCAAUCACAAAGCAGUGCGUCUGUGACCCGUUCUGGACGGAGAACCUGGUCCGCCGUUACCUCGGAGACGGAGACAGCAACUGUGAGUGGAGGGUUCUGUACGUGAUCGUCAGCAGCUUCGUCCUCGUCGUUUUCAUCCUGUCGGCCGGUUGGACCUUCGUCUGCUGCUGCCGGAGGUCCAGGGACCCCCGGCUGAGGAGGAAGACCAAGUACUCCAUCCUGGACAACAUGGACGAGGAGCUGGAGCUGCGGCCCAGAUUCAGCAUCAAGCACCGCUCCACGGAGCACAACUCCAGCCUCAUGAUGUCGGAGUCGGAGCUGGACUCGGACCAGGACUCCGUCUUCAGCCGGGACCGGCCAGGACCGGGACCGGGUCGGCUCAAGAACCGGGGCGGGGGUCCGGCCCGGAACGGGAACGCCUUCGGGUGACGGGGGGGACGGUGGCGGCGCCAGGACGACCCAGUACUGGACUGAGACCCCGACCCCCCGGAGGACGGACCUGCAAGGACGAGCAGAACCUCGGAGGCGGGUCGGACCUCCUCCCGGGUCGGAAUAUCCAAGACCAAGUCCUGGACCUGGUCCAGACCCGCUUUCGUCCUUUACAAGAACAUUCGGUCCAGUUCGGGGAUCGAGACCCGGGUCGUCUUAACUUUGCACCAAACCCGGACUAAAAGGACCUGAGACUCCGCCCACUGAUGAUGUCAUAGGUUAUAAAUAGAAGCUGAUUGGCUGAAACCAGAACCUGCAGGAACCAGAACCUGCAGGGACCAGGACCUGCAGGGACCAGGACCUGCAGGAACCGCCUCACCGUCGUCAUGGUUACGGGUUGAAGUUAUAAACUAACGACGGCAGAAGUUGCUAUGAUUCCUAAUCCCCCUGAUCCCAGGACCGGGAUCCAGGUCCAGUUGGGGCUUUUAUUUUGAAGGAUUCAGAACUUUAAUUUAGGGCUUUUAUUUUGAAGGAUUCGAAACUUAAAUUUGUUUAUCCAAGUUCGGCUCAAAAAACAAAACAAACGUCAUGUUACAAUUUCAUGUUUAAUUCAGUUUCACAGGUACAAACAGAUAUCUGGACUUAGUUUAUAAGAACAUGAGUUAGAGACGUCAGAGACCACCCCUGGUACUGGUACCAGGAGACCCCCCCCCCCCCUCUGCAUGUGAUGUCAUCACCAUGGCAACGCUGAUGGACAGUUGUUGGGGGCGGAGCUUAAGGGUCCUGACAUCUGAUUCAAUGUUUUUAUGAUUGUUGAUUUUCUCUGUUAAUAAAAACGCUGAGGAGGAAGUGACGACUGCUGACGCUUUCAUGGUGGGCGGGGCUUAACCAGAGCCAAUCAGAGGUCAGGAUGGACAUGUGGCCACGCCCCCUUUCAGGGGGGAACUAACGGCAGCAGGUUGAGACGAAGUUUAAACAUUUAAAUCCUGUAACUGUUUUCUUCUGUGAAAAAGUCAAAUCAGACGCGUCAUUGAACCUCCGACCACCAGGUGGCAGAGUUACAUAUUACACCUCCUUUAAAGGAUUAGUGGCAUCUAGGAAAUUUAAAUCUUCAAAGAUGUCUAAAAAGAAAAUAAAUAAAUCAUAUUGUUGGCAAGUUUGGCAACGAUCACCAGAUAACAAACAAAAUGAUCCGGCACUUGUUUAAAUUAGCAAAAUUAGCAAACAUCUUAAAGUUAAAUUAGCAAACAUCUUACAUC